CCAACAGCGGCGCCUGGCAGGAGGGCGAGGAAGAGGAGGAGGAAGAAGAGGAGGAUGGAGUGAGCCCCGCCGCGCCUGCCAGGGCCGCGGCGCCCCCGAGAGGGUCCGGCGAGUGCGGGCGACCGGGCUUAACCAAAGGACAUGGUGACUGACUUUGAUGAGAAACAUGAUCAACAUAUAGUAUUUCUUCAGCAUAGAAACAGGAUAUUGAAAGAGCUUAGAAGAAAGGACCCUAUGCAGAUCAAGCUGGAGCAGCUGGAACAAGGUUUUAUUCUGUAUGUGAACGGAGCGAACUCAGAACUAACCAACCAUCGCAAGAAAGUCAACCCUCAGAACUUUUUCAGAAGUGGCACCCGAACAGCAAGGGGAAACUGUUCCAGUUCCAGAGCCCUGUUACAAGACGACAACGACAACCUGCAAGGGAGGAGCACACAAAGUGCACCAAGUAAAAUCCAGCGCCGAGGGUGGCUCCAGAAAGCAGUGCAGAUCAAAACAGAAAGUGGAUCCAGACUCCAUGUCUCUCCUCCUUCGGAGUACUCUGAGGAUUUUGAACCUUAUGAAAGCCUAAGCUUGCAUUCAAGUGACUGUGAACAGGAUGACGCUGGCCAGAGUCUCAGAUCUCCAGAAAGCACAAUCCCCAGUGGCUAUAUCCUCUCCGUUCCAAGGGCAGAACGAAGUAUGAGCAAUUAUGCUGAAAAGGACCAGUUGCUUCUCAGCAUGGAGGACAUGAAGGAACUCCGGCAGAACUUGGAGUUCAGCGUGAAUCAGAAGAGGAUGGAGGAAGAUUGCUCGGAAGGGGAGACCUCUGACUCUGUGGAGGAGGACGUACCUACGGGGGCCUCGGAGGCAGAGGAGCCCCAUGAGUCUUCUGGAGAAGGCACUGGGCUUCUCCUCAGCAACGCAGGAGACUCCCCAGCAGCAGCAGCAGCUGCGCCCACCUCUCUCCUUGUGCUGGAAUUCAAGCCCAACUGCCAAAGCAUGAAGAAGGAGCGGAGCCUCUCUGCAAAGAGGAAGGGCAGCGCUGAGACCUACGUCCCCACCAAGCCUGGUAGCCAAGUGGCUCGGCCGCUCUCCGCUGGGUGCCUGCACCAGGAAGAUCAGGAACAGACCCCCUCCAGGCCAAUCAGCCGAGCCGAAAGGCCUCUCUCAGCCACCCGGAAGAACGUGUGUGAGAAAAAAGACCCCGUGCGCUCGGCUUCUGUGGUCCUGAAGGCGGUGCUGGCAGAAAACGAGACCCUUCAGAAGGAGCUCCUCUGCAGGCAGCUGCAGGCUGGGCCCCUGAGGGCUGAGCUGGAGCCAGCUGCUUUUGCUGAGCUGCCGUCGCCUUUGACACCCGCGUCUGCAACAAAUGAGCCUCCUCAAAAGCUGCAGGAGGGAAGCGUCGUCUCCACAGCCAUGGAGAAGAUUGGGCACCUAGGAAACAGGCAACAGAAGAAGCUUCUGAAAGUGCUGCAAGAGAUUGAGAGCCAGUCUUCCUGCCGCAGCCCCCCAGUGCUGGGCCAGCUGGAGUUGGAGAGGGAGGUCCGGGAUGCCAUUUACAUCACUGUGGAGAUCCUCUCCAACUGGGGCAACGCCACCAGGGUGGGCCUGACGGAAGUGGAGUUCUUUGAUCUGCACCACGCCAAAGUGUUUGUGUCUCCUCACGACGUGGACAUCCGGCACGCCGACACGCCGGGAGAGCUGGGCUGCCUGGUCAACAGGAACUCCAAGGUCAGCAAAGAGCGCUUCCCCUGGACAUGCCUCUUCCAGCCUCCAGUGCAGCUCUACUUCGUGGUCCGAAAUCCCAGCUUGUCUGAUGACUUUGGUCUAUCCCGGAUCAGGAUUUGGAAUUACAGCACCCCUGUGCCUGGUGAUCUUGACAUCGGAGCAAGAAGCAUCAUUGUCUAUGUGGAUGGAAACCUUGUAUUUGCUGGUGAACUGCAAAAGGGCUGUGGAAACGAGGGUGCCGAUGGCAGCAGCUGCACCACCAUUGAGCUCCCAGAAAGUUGCUCCGUUCCUGGGAAGGGGAGGGAGGGAAGGGGCUGGGGCGCGGCAGACUGGAGCCACGAGCCAGGCAGGGAGCCGUUGAAUCUGAAGCCUCCCUUGGGGGGAAAUUGCUCCGAGGAAGAGGACAGCUCUCUUGGCCUGGUUAAGUUGAAGCAAGAUCUCCAAGCAGCACCUGGCUCAGUUUCCAGGGGAAAUGUCCGUAGCCCCCUCUCGCCAGAGACCAUGGAGCCCGCUCAUUCCGACGACGAUCUUUCUCUGAAUGAACAAAUGGAAAAACUCUCUGGAAGGAAACUGUCUCAGCUGCCUGGCAUAGAACCCCCCUGCAUCCUGCCCACUUCCGAGGCCAAAGAAAAGAGCCGGGUCUGCUCUCCUAAGCAAAACCCAUUCCCCUGGCUUGAAUCACAGCGAGCCCAGCUGCCCGCUGAGACCAUUGGGAGGGGCUGCCUAGGAACAAGCGACAGGAGCCCCCACCCCUGCCCAGAUGAUCUAGAGAGAUCCCACCUUGAGUCUGCGGAGGGGAAGCUGCUGGCAGGUACCAGGAAAGAGUCAGCCACCGGCUUGGACUUCCUGAGUCCCCUGCCCAGCAAGUGCAACUAUGCGGCCGACCUGCUGCUUCCCGGGCGAAGUCUGGGGGCCCAUGGAAGGGAGGAGUUUGGCCAUGCCAUCUUCAAGGAGGAAGCCCCACCGGACAUAGGUGAGGCUCUGCUGGCGAAGGGCAAUGCCACACGGCCUUCCCGGGCAAAAUGGGGCAGUUCCCAGGAGCAAGUUCUGCAGGAGUCCUGGAACUCUCUGCUGAAGUUCAACCACCUGCACCAUGGCCGAAUCUCCAACAUGGACUUCCAAGGAGACAUUUUUGACGAGUUUCUCCACCAGCAGAAAAUCAGCCGGCAAGGAGACCAGAAGCUGCGGGCAAAGGAGAGCGGGCAGGGGCUGCCCAGGCGCCAGGAAGGGGAGGGCUGCUUGGACCUGGAGGACGGGGGCGACUUCCAAAUCCCAGUCCUGCCUUUUGGGCAGCGCUUGAGAAUCGACAUCCGCUCCACCUGGGGGGACAGGCACUACGUGGGCCUCAACGGGCUGGAGCUCUUCAGCUCCAAAGGGGAGCCCAUCCAGAUUGCCAAAAUCACAGCCAACCCCCCCGAUAUCAACAUCUUGCCCUCCUACGGCCAAGAUCCGCGAGUGGCCAGCAAUUUGCUGGACGGGGUGAACCGGACUCAGGACGACAUGCACCUCUGGCUGGCUCCCUUCACCCCUGGGAAAUCCCACUGCAUCUUCCUGGACUUUGCCAAGGCGUGCGAGGUGGCCAUGAUCCGCAUCUGGAAUUACAACAAGUCCCGCAUCCACUCCUUCCGGGGCGCAAAGGACGUCACCAUGCUGCUGGACGAGCAGUGCAUCUUCCGAGGGGAGAUUGCCAAGGCUUCUGGGACGCUGGCUGGAGCUCCAGAGCAGUUUGGAGACACCAUUCUGUUCACCACGGACGACGACAUCCUGGAGGCCAUUUUCUGUUACGACGAGUCCUACGACGAGGAGGCAGAAGGCGCCUGCAGCCUGAGGUACGAGGAGGAGCUGAAGAGGCCGAAAACUGCAGAUGGGGAGGGGGACGAGAGACCCUUCACGCAGGCGGGCUCACGGACAGAAGACAGACAGGGCUGGAUGCAGAUGGCUGUGCCAGAUUCUGUCCCUGAGAUGAUGACCAAGGAACCAGGUGUCUAUACUGGGAAGUGCCUUGUGCUGAAUUUCACCGUUUCUUGGGGAGACGCUCACUACCUUGGACUGACAGGGCUGGAAGUGGUAGGAAAGGAGGGCCAAGCCAUCCCCUUUUCUCUGGAUCAGCUCUCUGCCUCCCCACAGGACCUGAACGAACUUGCAGAGUACACAGAUGACUGCAGGACCCUAGAUAAAUUAAUUGAUGGGAUCAACAUUACGAUGGAAGAUGAGCACAUGUGGCUCAUUCCGUUCAGCCCUGGAGAAGCUCACGUGGUCACCAUCCAUUUCACGCGGGCGGAGAGCAUUGCUGGCCUUCGCAUCUGGAACUAUAAUAAAUCUCCCGAGGACACCUACAGAGGGGCCAAGGUGGUCCACGUCUCCCUGGACGGCUGCUGCAUCUCCCCUCCAGGAGGCUUCCUCAUUCGCAAAGGUCCCGGCAACUGCCACUUUGACUUUGCUCAAGAAAUCCUCUUUGUGGACUACCUGAAGGGCCCCCCAGUCAUGCCAGCCUGCGAACGAACGGAAGUGGUGAAGGCGGAACAAGCCAGCAUGGACUACGAGGCUCCGCUGAUGCCCUGCGGCUUCAUUUUCCAGUUCCAGCUUCUUACCAGUUGGGGUGAUCCGUAUUACAUCGGUUUGAACGGACUGGAGCUGUAUAAUGAACGCGGAGAGAAGAUUUUCCUCGGUGAGAACAACAUUGCGGCUUUCCCAGACAGCGUCAACAUAUUGGAAGGCGUCUGCGGAGACGUCCGAACGCCAGACAAGCUUAUCGAUGGCGUGAACGACUCGACCGACGGGAGGCACACGUGGCUGGCACCCAUUCUCCCUGGCUUGGUGAAUCGCGUCUAUGUCAUCUUUGACUCGCCUACGACAGUCUCCAUGAUUAAGCUGUGGAAUUACACAAAAACUCCCCAGAGAGGAGUCAAAGAAUUUGGACUCCUUGUUGAUGACCUGCUUGUCUAUAACGGGAUUCUGGACAUGGUGAGCCACCUGGUCCACGGCAUCCUCCCAACCUGCGACCCCGUCGUCCCCCAUCACACUGUUCUCUUCACGGACAACGAGAAGAUCUGCCGUCAGGAGAAGAACUCUGUCAUCAGCAAUUACAUAGAAGACCAGGAUGUGCGGAUGAUGAAUGAAAACCAGAUAAUUUCCUAUUCGAAGAAGAAGCAGGUGCCUGCAGACCCAGCACUUCGCCCUAAAACCUGCAUCCAGGACAAAGGAUUGCUGCGGAGGAUGAGGCCGUGACACGAGGAAGACACAGAGCUGGCCCCUCGCGCUGCUAGCCUUGGGCUACUCCCCCCACCGCCCCACAGAGAGGGGUACCGCCUAGCCUCCUCAGGGCCAGGGCCGAGACCCCCAGGACUGCUUUUCUCAGCUGCAGCUGCAUUAAAUCUAUUCCCUGAAGGCCCCCCCCUUAUGCUUCAGCCAGGAGAGGCUUUGGCAGGGCGACUGCUGCAGAGAGAGGCCUUGCCAAGGCUCCCGGUGGCUCCCAGGCAGAGGAGCUGCCACAGGCCCCAAUUCAGGUGCGGGGGGGGGGAGUGAAUGGCCAAUGUGAAGAGGUGCAGUUAGGAGGAGGGGGCAGCUGGCAGCCAAGGGGACCCCUCUCCCCCCACCCAGAACCUCUGCGUUGCUUCUGACACUUGCAGUCUGUCCUGCCCUGUCCUGAGUGUGCCACAGGUAGGACACAAGGGGGCAAAGUGGUCAGAGAUAUGCCUCCCGCCCCCCACUCCCUCCUUCCAGGCUUCCCAAGCUCUCUGGAAAAGGAGUCGGGUGGGGGCCACAGCCCCCCAAAUAGGACCCAGAAGGAGAGAGUGCCAUUCCAUAGCGGCAAGAAGCUCAAGAGGUCAAGAAGCUGCUAUGCAGCCCCCCUGUUUCUAACGCAGGGCUGGCCAGGAGCUGCAGCCGCCUUGGCCCCCUCCCUCAUGGCAGGAGGAGGGUCCCGGCCAGAUGGGAAGGGGGUGGGUGUCCCUGGAGUUGAAGGGGGCUCAGGGGCACAAUUCACCAUGUCCGCAGAUAGGGAUGCUGAAUGCCGACUCCCAAGUUAUCCGGUUGCCUCAGUCUGUUCCUCUUUGGGGCCACGGAUCGUCUCCCCUCCCCUCCCCUC